AUGGAGCAGCAGUCAACUUGUUGCCCAAAACUUAUCCCAGUUACCAUCUCUAUAACAGGCUUCACAGAAGACAAGCAAAUAGCCAAAGGGAUCCUACCAGUCAACCUCAAUGUAGGAUCUAGAAGUUGUGUAGCAGCCUUCUUUAUGGUGGAUGACAAGGCCAAGUUUGGCAUUCCCCAAACUAUUACUGUUAAUAAUGUGACAGUAUUUGAAGGUAGUUCAGUGAGGACUUUUGUUGGCAACUUUGGCAUGAGUAUAAUUAAAUCUACUCCUUUGUACGCUCAGAAUAAUAGACAAGCAGAAUCAUUCAAUAAAGCCAUCAAGAAAGGGAUUCAAAGAAUAAUUGAAGAUAAUCCCAGUGAUUGGCAUAAUAUACUCUCAGAAGUUCUAUGGGCCUAUGGGACUUCGAAAAGACCAAGCACUAGAGUUACUACAUUUACCUUAGUAUAUGGACAUGAUGUUGUGCUACCAGUUGAGAUCAAUAUUAAGUCUUUUAGAGUCAAAGCACAAGAUUAUUUUGACAAAGAGCAAUGUGUUCAAAGCAUGUGCAUGGAAUUGGAAGCUAUAGAUGAAACCAGAAUUUUGGCCUUAAACCAAAUGCUAAUCUAG